AUGCAUCAGUUACUCUUCGAGCAUGCGAUAACCAAAUUCAACCACUCUCCGUUAGAUGUCCUCAAAGUUUACAAUGAAUACAAAUACUCAAGAUUGGACAACUUGGAUGCGAUGAAAGGUCAUUUCCCGAUGAAACCUCACCAAGCCUCUGUCAAUACCUUAUCCUUAGACCCUUUGUACAACCGAUAUUUAUUUUCCGGAGGAGGUGAAUCUUCUGUCAAGCUGUGGGAUCUUAAGCAGCAGGUUGAAGUAGAAGAGUUGGAACCUAUUUAUAUUCUUCCCUCUAAGUCUGUGCAUAAAUUUGGUAUUACUCAUAUUAAAUGGUGGUCCGAUAACGGGUUAUGGCUGUCGUCCUCCUUCGAUCAUACAUUAAGUGUUUGGGAUGCGAAUGAAAUGCAGCAUGUUCAUUCCUUCAAUCUUGGUUCCAGAGUGCUCCAUUUUGAUUUUGAAGACCAUGGGCGCAAUUCUUUGGUAGCUGUUUGCGCGGAUGGGGGAGUCGGAGGUCUCAGGCUGCUGGAUUUGAGGACCCUAGCAGAUGCUCAUACACUAGGAGGUGGAGGAAAACUUCAAGGAGGGUUUGGAUAUAUGUUGAGUUGUCGGUGGUCACCCGCAAACCCUAACCUUGUGGUUGGUGGCAGCCAAGAUGGUUAUUGUAUAGGGUGGGAUAUACGACGUGCCGAUGGUUGUGUUUUCAAAAUGGACUAUAACCUAACGACCACUAACUAUAAAACCAAUACCAGACAGUUACUGCUACACGAAAGUACUCCAAAAGCGCACAAUGGUGGAAUAAACUCGUUGCUUUUUACGGAUGAUGGGGCGGAACUUAUUACCCUUGGACAUGAUGAUAAAAUAUGUGUUUGGGAUAUGACCAGUGCAGAAAAGCCUCUGAACAAGCAGAUCAAUUUUGGCCCCCUGGUCAGAAACAAAUCCACACAACACAUCAGCAUGGCUUUAAGUCCUCUGAGCGAAACAGAGCUACAGUACUUAUGGUUCCCGUCAGAGAACGGUGAAAUCCUGAUUUACCGACUUGAGGACGGCAAACUUGUUGCCAGACUAAAUAAGAAUGGGAGUACUUUGAACAGAAGGACAACAAGCAUCGUAUAUGCUAAAGAGAGCUCGAUCAAGUACUACAGUGGAUGCAAGGAUGGGACUAUAUCUGUGUGGGGCUAUAAUUCUUUGUUGGAUAGUCAAAAAUCUGGAGAUGGACUGGAUUUUGAUAAUGGCAAUCUUGGGACCCUAGCGUGCGAGACCGAGAAUUCUGAUAUUCUUGACAGGAUUCAUGAUGAGAUUGAAGCUAAUAAGAUUCGCGCAAAAAACACGGAGUUUUGA